ACCAUCACCCAAACCACACCCUUAUAUACCUAACUAUGACUGCAUGGAAUAAAUGAUUUGCCUGGUUGUGCUGAGUUUACUUAAGCAUUCAGUGAGUGUCAUGUGCAAGUCAACUGGCACAUGUGUUAUCUACUCAAGCAAGUCAACUUGCACAUGCGUUAUCUACUCAAGCAAGUCAACUUGCACAUGUGUUAUCUACUCAAGCAAGUCAACUUGCACAUGUGUUAUCUACUCAAGCAAGUCAACUUGCACAUGUGUUAUCUACUCAAGCAAGUCAACUUGCACAUGUGUUAUCUACUCAAGCAAGUCAACUUGCACAUGUGUUAUCUACUCAAGCAAGUCAACUUGCACAUGUGUUAUCUACUCAAGCAAGUCAACUUGCACAUGUGUUAUCUACUCAAGCAAGUCAACUUGCACAUGUGUUAUCUACUCAAGCAAGUCAACUUGCACAUGUGUUAUCUACUCAAGCAAGUCAACUUGCACAUGUGUUAUCUACUCAAGCAAGUCAACUUGCACAUGCGUUAUCUACUCAAGCAAGUCAACUUGCACAUGCGUUAUCUACUCAAGCAAGUCAACUUGCACAUGCGUUAUCUACUCAAGCAAGUCAACUUGCACAUGCGUUAUCUACUCAAGCAAGUCAACUUGCACAUGCGUUAUCUACUCAAGCAAGUCAACUUGCACAUGUGUUAUCUACUCAAGCAAGUCAACUUGCACAUGUGUUAUCUACUCAAGCAAGUCAACUUGCACAUGUGUUAUCUACUCAAGCAAGUCAACUUGCACAUGUGUUAUCUACUCAAGCAAGUCAACUUGCACAUGUGUUAUCUACUCAAGCAAGUCAACUUGCACAUGUGUUAUCUACUCAAGCAAGUCAACUUGCACAUGUGUUAUCUACUCAAGCAAGUCAACUUGCACAUGUGUUAUCUACUCAAGCAAGUCAACUUGCACAUGCGUUAUCUACUCAAGCAAGUCAACUUGCACAUGUGUUAUCUACUCAAGCAAGUCAACUUGCACAUGUGUUAUCUACUCAAGCAAGUCAACUUGCACAUGUGUUAUCUACUCAAGCAAGUCAACUUACACAUGUGUUAUCUACUCAAGCAAGUCAACUUGCAAAUGCGUUAUCUACUCAAGCAAGUCAACUUGCACAUGUGUUAUCUACUCAAGCAAGUCAACUUGCACAUGUGUUAUCUACUCAAGCAAGUCAACUUGCACAUGUGUUAUCUACUCAAGCAAGUCAACUUGCACAUGCGUUAUCUACUCAAGCAAGUCAACUUGCACAUGUGUUAUCUACUCAAGCAAGUCAACUUGUACAUGUGUUAUCUACUCAGGAACUGGUAGAUAAGUAAUAAACUUGGGCACGUCAACUGGUGUUAUCUACUCAAGCAAGUCAACUUGCAAAUGCGUUAUCUACUCAAGCAAGUCAACUUGCACAUGUGUUAUCUACUCAAGCAAGUCAACUUGCACAUGUGUUAUCUACUCAAGCAAGUCAAUUUGCACAUGUGUUAUCUACUCAAGCAAGUCAACUUGCACAUGCGUUAUCUACUCAAGCAAGUCAACUUGCACAUGUGUUAUCUACUCAAGCAAGUCAACUUGUACAUGUGUUAUCUACUCAGGAACUGGUAGAUAAGUAAUAAACUUGGGCACGUCAA